GUUAGUCUACACUCAGUCCUUGGCCUAACAUAACAUAUUUUCGACUAUUUUCGGCUUUGUAAAACAAAAUUUGGUAAAAAAAGGUCAAUAUGUUGCGAAUGUUGCGUCAGAAGUGUCGUUCCCUCGUAGAUCGGAGCUUGCCGUGUCUGGAGUCUUUAGUGAAUGCCUGUUCUCUAUUCAAGGCCGAUUGGUCCAAGAAUCUGAGCCAAAUCAAGACCUCGUACGACUGCGCUGGCUCCAGUGUGCUCCGGCAGCACCUGUUACGACGCAACUACAGCAGUCAGUCUUCCGCCGACGAUUGCGGGCGGCCAAAGGAUUGCGAUCAGGUAUCGACCUCCAAGGGCUGUGGUCCUGCUCGGUUCAAGGGCACCAUUUGCGAUGCAGCCAAGGGCGGUAAGCGCAAGAAGAAGGCAGAGCCCAAAAAGGAAAAGUCCAACAAGCCGAAGCUGUCAGCCAAGAUGAGAUCCAUGUGGUAUAUACCCGACUGCGAAUACGUGCCCAAGUGCGAUGUGCCAGUGCGGUACGACAUCCAGCACUACCGCAUAUCGGACAAAGAGGCCCGCCAGUACCAGGUGACGUGGAACGAGUGCCCCCGGUUGGUGAUCAAGCCCAAGAAGGUGUGCAUCCACGCGAAGCGACCGCGUCCGAAGCCCUGCCGCCGUCAGCGGAAGACGGUGGUGGCCACAGCCCGUCCCACGAUGCCCAUGCUCAAUCCGAUGGAGUGCAAGAAGGCAGAGGACUCCUCACCGUGUCCGCGCUGGACUCUUCCCUGCUGCAAGCCCGCCCGCAUUCCGCCCAGUUGCCACCGAGUACGCCGAGCCACCGACUGUACCAAGCGCCCGGCGCCGUAUCCCAGCUUCUCUGAAUGCAAGCGGGAGGAACUCACCAGCGCACCACCAACGGAGUGCCUGUGCCUUCGAGUUCCCAUGGCCUGCGAGAUGUGGGCAGAGCUGAGGCGAAGGAUUGCCCGGGGCAAGGGGGCUGCCCUUAAGUGUGGCGAAAUAUAGGCGGCGGCGAAAGCCCAGUCAUUCGACAUCUGGCUACAACAUUCCGGUCACUUUUCCAACUCAGUAAUCCACCAAAAUUACAGUUUUCCAAAAUAGCCAUUCCAUUAUCCAAACACUCUCACUCCACAAUCCACACAUUCAAAAUUCAAAAUGCUGUUGAAACGCUGCGGGAAAACCCUAAUGCCAGUCGCCGCCCGAUUGGCCAGUAGUGCCGGUUCCAAGGGCGGCGCCUCGGACUCCAAGUGCAACUCCAAUUCGAAGGGUAAAUGCAAGCCGGAGCCCAGCUGCAAGCGCUCUGCGAAGAAGAAGAACUGCUCCAAGGUGCCAACACCAUUCCCGAGCUACUCGGAGUGCAAGCGGAAGCAGACUGACCCUAAACCUUCCAAGGAGUGCGAUUGCUGGGACUUUGACAAGUGCUGAUCCCCGGCAAUUUGAAGAUCCGGGGAUGUCAUCCGCUGAGGGCCCUCCCACAUUCUUUCACGUCACAAGACUGAGGACUCUAUAAUAAAUAUCCCGUUGGUGGCACUGGGA